UUCGAUCGAUCGCCUACAAACGUGUGGUUGAUAGAAAUAAUUAAAACCCCUGUUGUACUAUACAUAUGUAUGCGUCCCAAAAUUAAGAGCUUAGGGAAACUUCGUUCCAAAGUGGUUAUAUAUUUAGCUAACUAAAAUGCUGAGGAAGGCUUUCCUAGCUCUCUCUGUGCUCUUCCUCAUGUUGUCUGGCUGCAGCGGCUCCGCCUUCGUGUCUUCCACUUCUGCUCCCGUUCCCGUUCCCGCUUCCGCUCCCGCUCAAAAUGCUAGCUCUCCCUGGUUCGGUACGCUUGAUGCAGAUACGGAUUGCAGCAUGAAGUUCACGUAUGUAAAGGGCCAACCGCAUACGGUGGGCUCCUAUCCUGAUGGCCAUUCCUUUGGGAACCUGCCUGGUCCAUCCCCGGUUCGACAAAGUCAAAUAACACCCUACCGCGUCCUACAGCCAGACCGACCGGCCAUUUCAGUCGGCAGAGGUAGUCCUUAUCAGGGGCACUAUUGAGGCGAUGUAAGAGUGCCAUAUCUUUCUCUGUGCUUCAAAAGAGGUGGAAGGCUUAUUAGUACACUCCGCACUGUUUCGAAUAUAAAUUAUAAUUUUUAGGUAUUAUGCACGUUUGGACAUUUCCUUUACGGGAAAGGUAUUUAAAUAGUUAAGGAAAAACUUCAAAAACCCUCCCUGUGGUUUCAUACUUUUUCAUUUUAGUAUCCUGUGGUUUAAAAUUUAUCAAGUUAGUACCCUGUGGUUUCUC